CUGGACGGCGGAUCCGCUUUUAAUUGUUGGACAGCAGCAGAACCCGUGGGUGCGCAGUGUUCUCCCCCGGAGACAGGUGAACCUCUCACUGCCUCCUCACCGAGGUCUUUCAUUCGUCAGGAGACAGACGAUGAGGGAAUGGCUAGCAGGCAGGAGGAUCAACAGAUUUUCAUCCUAAAACUGACUUUCAGUCCUUCUCUUCCAAUCCGAUUCAACUACGUUGGACGCCAACUUGAUCUUCGUCAGGGUGCUCUUGUCGGCCUCCUUGCUCUCUGUCUUCAACUCAACAACGCCGAACUCAUUUUGCCCAGAAGAGUCUACCAACGUGGUUACCUUGGCGUCAGCAGUCUACUCGAAGAGAUUCUUGCGGACGUCACAAGCAGCAUUCAAUCUCAACUGCCGCAUGUACUGAUGAGUAGUGUCGGCCCGAUGCACGAGGUCACCAACAUUGGUAAGAGCUUGACUGCCGGCUUUGCUUUUCUGCCGGUUGACGCGCUUACGAUUUUCUUGCAAUCGCUCAUCAAAAAACGUGUGUGA